UGCAGAGCUGUCCUCCUCUCCACGAUAAGUACAGCGAGCACUCGCUGAACCCGAAUCUUUCCGAAAGAUUCCGACUGCUACCAGAUGUGUCCGAAGCCGGAUACGGAAAUAGCCGAUUUUAUCCGGCACUAACCGAAACGGGCGUCGGCAAUUCAGCGGUAGGCAACGGAAAAGAACGAAGGUUGUAUCGAAGACAGAACUUGCGAGGGGAGCCAUCAUGGCGGAUCAGAUCGCGCAGCUCCGGGCGGAUGGGAUCCAAAAGAGGUUGAUGCAGGAAGGUCAAGGACCGCUACUUGAUUAUCAAGAUGGCACCAAGGCUACCUUCCACUAUCGCACCCUGCUCUGCAGUCUGGACCAGCAAGUCUUAGAUGACAGUCGUACACGAGGCAAGCCCAUGGAACUAAUAAUUGGCAAGAAAUUCAAGCUGCCUGUGUGGGAGACUAUUCUGCAAACCAUGCGAGAGGGAGAGAUGGCUGAGUUCUUGUGCGAUACAAAGCAUGUGGUCUUGUAUCCAACGGUGUCAAAGAGCUUGAGGAACAUUGCGGCUGGGAAAGAUCCACUCGAGGGACAACGACAUUGCUGUGGCAUUGCUCAAAUGCACGAGCACCAGUCGCUGGGUUACCCGGACCUUGAUGAGCUCCAGCAGAAUCCCCAGCCCCUCAUCUUUGCCAUUGAGAUGCUCAAGGUGGAAGCCCCUGGCUCGUAUCGGCAGGAUCCUUGGGCCAUGUCAGAUGAGGAGAAGCUGAAGGCCGUGCCCCUGAUCCAUCAGGAAGGCAACGAGCUCUACAAGGAAGGCAAGGUGCAGGAGGCUGCUGCCAAGUACUACGAUGCCAUUGCUUGUCUGAAGAACCUGCAGAUGAAGGAGCAGCCGGGAUCCCCAGACUGGAUCCAGCUGGACCAACAGAUCACCCCUUUGUUGCUGAAUUACUGCCAGUGUAAGCUGUUGAAUGAGGAGUACUAUGAGGUGCUGGAUCACUGCUCUUCCAUUCUCAACAAGUAUGAAGAUAAUGUCAAAGCCUACUUCAAGCGAGCCAAGGCACAUGCCGCCGUUUGGAAUGCAGCUGAAGCACAGGCCGACUUUGCCAAAGUCGUGCAGCUGGAUCCAUCAUUGGGCCCCGUGGUUGCACGGGAGCUGCGCAGUCUGGAGACCCGCUUACGUCAGAAAGAAGAUGAAGACAAGAUCCGUUUCAAAGGCAUCUUCUCCCAGUAGCUGUUGGACCUGCUGCUGCCCCACUUGGGACAGCUCAGACUUGGCUGGCAGUGCUCGGGCACUGCAGCGUAAGUGGACCGUGCGGCUCCCUGAAAGGGCUAGUGUGUCCCGCCCCUACACGCUGAUCUCCAUGGAGCCGGACCUUCUUGUCAACAAAGUGUGUCACCUAUGUGCUGAUAGCACUAUUUGCCAAAGGAAGUGGGAUACGGCAGGGAAGUCUUUUCUGAUUCCCCAGGCUAAGGGUGGCCCAGAAUGUGCCUGCCAGAUUUAGUGUGAGCCUCUAUAUUAUCCCCGUAAGUGAAUAUUUAUCCUGUUCCACUGCACCAGGUGCCUUUUCCUUUGUUGCUCAUGGAGCUUUGCUUGGGUAAGGGCUGCCAGAAGAUACUGUGAGAUGGCCAAGGCUUCCCUUCUAUCCUGCAAUCCCCUCUUGCUGUUCAGGAACAGGGUAGGUAUAGCAGCUCCUGAUCUCCACAGCAACAUUUUAUUUUGCCACAGGGUCCUCUGCACCUCAGAGCUGAGAUGGUCAUUUGUGAUGAGAGUUACAUGAAGGUGAUCUGUCCUCCCGUUAGUAUAAUUCCUCCUUGCUGCUCCUUCUGUGUGCAGUAGCGCGUGUCUGCCCAUGCGCUAAUCAAUCUCAGCUAGUGUGCUGGUUACAAGGUUAUGUUUUUGCCUCUCUGUUGCUGCCUGGCUGUAUAGGAUGAUGCUUUGGAAUCCAAAUAGCUGCCUUUGUGGGGGAAGUUUAGAAGUGUAUAUAUGCCGAGUAUGGAGUUGGAAGCUAAAUGGCAGAUACUCUGACCCGCAAAAUCCAGCAGGUCUCGUUUAAGGAAAAAAUAGUGAAUUGCAUCUACUGCAUUGUGGUGGCUGCGUUGCCAGCCCUUGGCUCUCUUGGUUAAAGGGUGUUGUGCCACCAGCACAGCAACGUGAUGGUGUAACAAACAAGAUGUGGCUCUAUGUGCUAUUCUGCAAUCUAGGAGGCUCUGCCUAAUUCCAGCUUCCCUCUUACUUGGUGUGAUGACUGCUGUCAGUAUUCCUGGGGCUUUUUAGCUGGUUUUAACUUUCUCGGCCUCUGUAUCGGCCAGAGAGAAAAAGUCACUUGAUUUCUCUUCCGAGCACUACUUUGGGCCCUUCGUGCACAAGGGACGGAGAGGAGUCCUGUGCCUGUUGUUUCUUGAGAAUUGGAGUGUCUCCAGCAGCAAACAUGCUGAUGAAAAACAACAGCCCUCCGCCCUCCCUCCCUCUUCUGAGGUGCAGGACAAAUGGCAAAAGGAGAGGACAGGCAGCCAGCCCCUGCUAACGUGUGUUAUUUGAGCAACUUAUUCAACAGCAGUUUUGGUUAAAUGUGACUAUUUUUAUGACCUUCUGAAACAUCUAAGCCACAUCAAGCAGCAGAGGAAUCUUAAAGCAAGGCAUCAGUGACUUGCCUAAGGCCACGGGAGCUGUCUGAAAGUAGUGCCCAAUAAGCACCAGUUUCCUCUGUCACUAGCAGCAGUGCAACAGUCGGAGAAGUGAUGAGUUCAUGCCAAAUGCUCUUUCAAAACAUAGCCAGCUCAGAGAGGAUUUUUUUUCUCUUCUGCUUAGCAAAAGUUGAUGGGGGACAUGCAGUCACGAGCAGCUCUUCCGCUUCCUUUAAUCUCUUAUCAGAAACGGAACCGAGGGCAAUCAGAUUCUCUGAAAAGCUUGAAAAGAGUAUUUGUUGAGGGUAUUCUUCAGUGGGGAAAGAUCUUUGCCCCAUCUCACCAAGGCCUAUCUGCUUGCUGGGAUGGGCCUCUGUGUUUGGACUGCCCUUCGUCUGCACAGAAACAAUGGCGUUUAUACCAGAAAAAACUCCAGCAUCGGUCAGCUGGGGAAUGUACUCGCCACUGAACAGCUUGUCAGGAUUGUGGGCUCUAAUAGUGUCAUGGUUACCUGUUGUAUGGUUAGGAAGAUUGCAGGCAUGAACUGCUUCUUGCCUAACAGGUAAGUGCCGUCAGAGAUAAUGACAGUGACCAUCACUUUAGG